AACGGCAGCCACAAACGCGUUUUAUGCUGUUGCACCUCUCCUUUCCUCUCCAGUUUCAGAGUUCAGACAACCCACCCCCAAAUAAUAAAAAUAAAAAGAAAAAAGGAAAAAAUAUUCCCUCACAAAAGCUGAUAUACUUCAUAAAACGCUGUCGGCACCAGAUCUCUUCAUUCUCCCAUUUUUUGUGUACUCACUGCUCAACUCAAAUUCUUACAACAGAUCUCAUCUCGCCUCACUCUAUCCAAGCGGACCAAGCCCAUCCUUUAACUUCUUCUUCCUCCUCGUUUCAGUUCCAACCUUAAGUUUUUACACACUUUAAACAUGGAUUCUGAGCAGAGGCGUAAGCGAAAGCGUGUCUACAAACCAUACUCACGCGCACAGUACUUGUCUGUAAGGUCUCUAAUCUUGUGUUGUUCUUUCCUUGUGUUUUUGUUGUUCUUGUCUUCAGAUCGGUUACCUAUUCGAACGGUGUCGUUUAAGCCGGUUUUGAGUGUGCCUACUCUUUCGAUUUUGUCUAGCAAUUCAAUCCAGGAUUCUUUCAACCGUAGAUUUAAGUUGUUUCCUUUAAGAGUAGAAGAGAGGGUGUUGUUUCCUGACCACCUUUUGUUAAUGGUUUCCAAGAAAAUUGUUCCUACUGAGAGUUUGGAUUGUAUUUACUAUAAACUGUUGAAUUCUUCUGAAAAAUCAGUGAGUGUGAAAAUUCAGCCUGUGUUGUCUAUUGAUGAAUACGAUGAGUUCAGAUGGGUGGCGAGGUGCCCACUUCCGCCUGAGAAUUAUUCAGCUAUUGUUGACUUGAAGCGGCGUGGAGUUGUGGCUGAGCGUCGUUGGUCUUUCAGAGGUAAUGAGACGGUUCAUUCUUGGGAAAAAAUGGCUUAUGCAGCUGUAUUGGAUGGGAAGACAGUGGUUGUGUUUGUUAAAGGAUUGAAUCUUCGUCCGCAUAAGGAGUCUGAUCAUACCCAUUUUCGGUGCCAGUUUGGCUUAGGAAAUUUGGGGAAAGAUGAAGGAUUUGUGCUCAUGACUGAUGCAGUUGCUGCUGCACAAGAAGUUGUUAGGUGUUUGUUGCCGCGGAGUAUAAGAACAAAUCCAACUAAGGCUCAGGGAAUUCGAGUUACAGUUGUUCAUGUUAAUGCUAAUGGGAGAGCUCUGGGACUAGGAGAUCGAAGGCCUAUGGCCAGAAUUCGAACUUCCCGACCCUACGGCCAGAGGCGAAACCAGAGAAUUUAUAAAGACUAUGCGCCUGUGCCGUCUGUGGCAAGAAUUUACAAUUCCAAUUCCUACCAGCAGAGGAAGAAUAAGAGGAAGUAUGAGCUUUGUGUGUGUACCAUGCUGUGGAAUCAGGCAUCUUCUAUAAGAGAGUGGAUUAUGUACCAUUCUUGGCUUGGAGUCGAACGGUGGUUCAUCUAUGAUAACAACAGUGAUGAUGGCAUUCAAGAUGUGGUUAAAGAACUCAACCUGCAAAACUAUAAUGUCAGUAGGCACAACUGGCCAUGGGUUAAAACCCAGGAAGCAGGUUUUUCACAUUGCGCUUUGAGAGCAAGGAAUGAGUGCAAAUGGGUGGGAUUCUUUGACGUUGAUGAGUUUUUCUACUUUCCUCGUGACCAUCGAAGGGGCCUUCCAGGACAAAAUUCCCUAAAAUCUUUGGUUGCUAAUUUUUCAUCUUCAAAGACUGUUGCAGAGAUUAGAACUUCUUGUCAUAGCUUUGGGCCCUCUGGCUUGAGCUCGCAUCCGGUUGAAGGUGUGACCGUAGGUUACACUUGCCGGCUUCAAAGCCCCGAGCGGCAUAAGUCUAUUGUACGCCCAGAUUUGCUCAACACUACCCUUCUCAAUGUGGUGCAUCAUUUUCGCCUGAGGGCAGGUUAUCGGUACAUGAAUAUGCCUGAAAGCAUUGCUGUGAUAAACCACUACAAGUAUCAAGUAUGGGAAGCGUUUAGAGCCAAGUUUUUUAGAAGGGUUGCUACCUAUGUUGUUGAUUGGCAAGAGAACCAAAACACAGGGUCAAAGGACAGGGCACCGGGGCUAGGGACCGAAGCCAUUGAACCUCCCAAUUGGCGGCUACAGUUCUGUGAGGUUUGGGACACUGGCCUCAGGGACUUUGUUUUGGCUAACUUUGCUGAUCCUGCCACUGGAUCCCUGCCCUGGGAGUAAGAAACACUAAUACGGGCGCUUGCAGUUUGGUGCCCAUGUAAACAGAGCAAUCACACGAGAAGCUAUAUUCAUUCUUUUCAUUUUUUUUUUUUUUUUCCAUUUUGUAUCUUAAUAUUUUGGUUUCUAUAGGGAUGAGAGAAUAUAGGGUCUUACACUUUGUAAAUUCAUGACAGCAAGAGAUGAUUUUUUGUAUUUUAUUUUGCCCUUUAUUUUUAUGUUUAUUGACAGAUUUAUUGA